AAAGAAAGAAAGAAAGUAAUAAUCUAACUACCCAAGUAGAUGCAAUCAAUGAAUUGUGGGCUAAGGUGUCUGCCAUUUAUUACGUUUCAGGCUUUGUGUUCGAGGUCCACUUGACAACUCCGUCCAUUUCGCUAUGACACACCACAAUCUUCCCUCUCAUUGGUUCAUCCUUCUUUAUCAUAAAAUUUAAUCAAAGUGAAAACACAACCAUAACAAAUACUGAUAUUAUACUAUAAUCUAUAAACAUGAACCCCUACAAAAUUAAUAAAUUCUCUUUGUUUAUAACCUUAUAGUAUAUAUAUGGUAUGUUGUUUCAUUUCAUGUCUAUUAAUGUUCUUCUCGUAUACCAGAACUUGAGCCUUGAACACACCAAUUCUUGGGAUUUAAGAGUGUCAUUCGAUCCAAUGCUUUUAUUCUUGAUAUCUUGUUUCUCUUUUAUUCUUCUAUCCAAGUCAUUGUCUUUCAAGAACCAAUAUCCAAUAAUGAAGGGCGAGUGGAGAUUGUUGUCUCGAUGGUUUUGGGAAGGGUUCUCAAGCUUUAUGGUGUCCUGGUUCCAAAAGGGUAGGCUUGGAAUCAGUUUUAAUCAGCUUCCUAUGAUCAUGACACUGAGGCAGAAGAUGAGGCUUGGUCCCAAGGUGGAUAAUGUGGAGGAAGAAAGGAUUUCUCUGCUGGAUUUGCCUGAGCUCACUCUAGAGUGCAUUCUAGAGCGCCUAUCACCAGCUGGACUGUGUAGCAUGGCAGGUGUCUGCUCUUCUUUUAGGGAUAGAUGUACAAGCGAUCAUCUGUGGGAGAAACACAUGAAGCAGAAAUGGGGUAAAGUGAUUGGCGAUGCUGCUCAUAGGGAAUGGCAAUGGCAUAUUGCUUCAAGAAAGAGACCGAACCUAUUAGGUCCAAGUACGCAAAAGGGGUUUCUGGGAUCUUUUACUAACAUGUGGCCCUUCUCUUGGUUUAAACCAAAUUUAGAAAGCAGAAGCAGCCAGCGGAAAACUGAUUUGCCAGUUGAUUCAAUCAUGUCUUGGUAUCUAUCUCUGGAAACUGGAAAAUUCUGGUUCCCAGCACAGGUCUAUAAUCGUGAGAAUGGACAUGCUGGGUUUAUGCUAUCAUGUUAUGAUGCCAAACUUUGCUAUGAUUCCAAGACAGACACCUUCCAGGCAAGGUACUCACCUCACGGGCGGCGGACAACGGAGGAGAAUAUAUCCUGGGAUAGGCUAAGAGUACCACCAGUUGAUACACCUUCACAUGUUCUUCACAUUUCUGAUUGCUUACUUGACUUAAAACCUGGUGAUCAUAUUGAGAUCCAGUGGAGAAGAAAUAAAGAAUUUCCGUACGGGUGGUGGUAUGGUGUUGUCGGCCACUUGGAAUCAUGUGAUGGAACUGAAAAUCACUGCCGUUGCCAAUAUACAGGGCAGUUCUGCCUUGCGUUGCCUGGAUGAAAAAUUCUCAGAACUAGGCUCGUUUUGAUUGCACCAUUCUAGGCCAAUUAAAAAGAAGUACAUUUCAAAAACUUGAAAGAUAAUGCAGUGCUGGCCUCCAUAGAAGUAUCAAAGUUGCUAACUUACAGCAGUAUGACUCAUAGGUCCAUAGUUUAUUGUUGUGAUUGUGAUUUCAGUGUGUAUGUUUUCUGCCCUUGUAGAUGUAAGAUGUCAGUGGCCCUGAAACUAUAGAUCAUAGCUAACAAAUAUGAUUUUUCACUAUUUUUGUCUAAAAAAUGAAAUGAGGAGUUUUCUCCAAUAAACUACAGUAUAAAUUAAAUUACACCAUGCCAUGUUCUUCAAACUUCAAACCAGCCAUUUUUACAUUCCUUUAGAUAGAUAUCAUCAGUUUUCAUCUUGAGUAGGAAUGGAGUUUUCUCAACUUUUAGCACUUUAUUCUCCACUGAGAGAAGGGAAAUGCCACCGAGUGCAGACGUGCAUAACAGGCUAUUGGCAGGCAACUAUGGUGCUAAUCAAUUUCAUCUUGCUUGAAUGAUAACAGUAAAACAAAAAGCUUCCUGGUUUUUUAGUAACACCUGUUUUUUUUUUUUUUUGGUCUCAAUUCCUUAACAGGUCAUAACCCUCAAAAUCCCUUGUAACUGGAUCCUUGUGAGAAAAGGAACAUUCUUGACAAGUUUAAGAUAAAAAUAACACCAGUAGUUGCUGCAGGAACCUAAUAAAUGCUUCCUUGAGUUCAAAAUUUCAUGAAGCACUUGGUUAACUAAGUUGCAAAAUAGUUCAUCCAUGAAACAUCUGGCAUCAAUUAUGUAAACUUUGUUGUAAAAUUUGCAAAUGCCUCUGCUCACAACUUCCCUCUUAUCAUGCAUAAAUCCUCAAACUUUUCUUUCGACUCUUUCUUUAAGAAGUUUUUUCUAGUGUUGAUUUGACCAUUACCUUUGU